AUGGCCAAAGAGGUAGAGCAUCAAGAAAAUGAAAUUAGUCCUGUGAUAGAUUGGGAAGUACUAGUAGAAACGGUACAACAGCAUGAAGAAAGCUACAUAAAAGAUUGCAUUUUAUUCUGCUUCGUGUUACCAUCUCGUUAUCAGUUCACCAAGGAUGUUUUGGUAUGGCAAUGGAUAGCCAAAGCUGAAGAUGAAAUGAUUGAGAAAAAAUGCACUCAGUUCUUCGAAUCACUGUUGAGCUUGGAUUGCAUCGUGACAUCUGGAUAUGAUCAUUUUGUCGGCCAAACAAUGUAUGAAGUUGGCGAUAAGAUGGCCGUGUUGUUGCAAAACCAACACUUGGAACCUACAUAUCUAAGAUAUCUGAACAGCAAACAGUCGGGUCUUGCCAAAAUCGAGCACUUGUCCUUAGAUUUUACAGGACUUGAGAGCUUGAAUUUUGGUGUCCUCAAACAAUGUUGUCGUCUACAAACACUCAUCAUUCAUGGGUGGUCUGGUCCCAAAAUUCAACACCUUCCACAUGAUCUUUUCCUAGAAAUGAAAGACCUGAAGAUCUUGAAUCUGAGUCGCACGGACAUUGAAGAGCUGCCGAGUUCCAUCGAAAAUGCAGAGGGACUGCGAUAUCUCGACAUGUCCGAAACACCCGUCAGGUGGUUGCCCGAGUGCAUAUGCCGGUUUAGCAAUUUGCAGACCUUGAAACUUGACGGUUGUUUGAGCCUCGACGGGUUGCCCAUGAGUACGAGCGAACUAACCAAUUUGCGACAUUUGGUGCUCGACGUUGUGCACCAGCUGCAGUCAAUGCCCGAAGGAAUUGGACAGCUUUCCAAGUUACAAACGCUCGGAGCGUUUUUGGUCAGUGAGGAUGGUUGCAGCCGCAUUAGGGAGCUCAAGGGCAUGAACCAACUCAAAGGAUCACUCCGUGUGGUGAAUCUUGAAAACGUCGCGACUAAAGAGGAGGCAGCCGAGGCCGCCCUUUGCAAUAAACGAGACCUUAAGGCUAUAGAGUUACAGUGGGGUGAUAUACGGGAAGAAAAGAAUCGAGAGGAGGAAAUGAUAUUGGAAUCCCUUCAACCUCCUUGGGGCAUCCGGGAUUUGAAGAUACUCUUUUACAGUGGUGGAAGGCUCCCUUCUUGCCUUGUACCCCUCGGGGAGUUACCGUCUCUGAAGACACUCGGCAUCGUCGAAAACAAUGAGAUUGUAAGAAUCGACCGUCACUUUUGCAGCAAGCGAUCACAAGCUAGUGGUGAUCGCCGGGUAGUGUUCCCCAAGCUCGAAAAAUUGUCGUUUGACUCGUUUUCCCGACGGGAAACGUGGACGGGCUUGGAGGAGGAGGACCUGCCCAAUCUGCAGAGCCUCAGUAUAGACAACUGUCCCAGAUUGGUUCACCUUCUGUUGCUUUCGCAUAUGAAAUCUCUUGUGCACAUGGAGAUAAGUUGCUGCCGGGAGCUCUCGUGUUUUCCCACGGAUGGACUGCCGAUUAGGCUUGAAUCCUUGAUGAAUGAUGAUUAA